AUGGAACUCUACGAUGCGGAAGCCUCCUUACCUCAUAUCCCGGAUAACAUAAGCCUUUCACGUUUUAUAUUGGAAUACCGACACGAGAUACAGCCUGCUCGAGGAAAUACGCCCUGUUUGAUCGAUGACAGUACUGGAAGACAAAUUACCCUGGAAGAGUUGAGAGAGAGGACCAGUAUGCUUGCCAAUGCGCUUCACAGUGAAUUCAAUUUGGGCAACAAGGAUGUUGAUUAUCCAGUAGCUUUAUGGGCGGUUCAUAAGCUCGGAGGGAUUGUCACUUGUUCAAACCCACAGUUCACCCCCGACGAACUGAGCUACCAGCUAUCAACGGCCAAAGUUACAUUAAUGAUCGUUCACUCCACGGCGCUUGACCUCGCAGUCACCGCCGCGCGCCUAUCAGCUUUACCUUCGGACCGCAUCAUUGUCUUUGAUGACCAUCUCCCAUCGCCACCAAGGCCGAAACGUUGGACUGUUCCCGGGCUCAUUCAUCUCGGAUUGAAGGAAGACCAAGGGCCCGUCGAGCGAACUUUUAGUGCAGGAGAGGGAAAGUCGAAGAUAGCACUACUCUGCUGGUCGUCCGGAACAACCGGAAAGCCCAAGGCGGUGGCCAUAUCCCAUCAUGCUCUUAUUGCCAACAUCAUUCAGAUGGCGACCCAUAAUCAGGUGGACAGGCCACUUGUCCUCCGAGAUGGUCGGUCUUAUAGGCCCGGAGAUGUCGCUUUAGGUGUUUUGCCUUUUUAUCACGUCGCUGGUCUUGUAAUCGGUCUCCACCUGACCAUGUUUUGCGCUAUGACUCUGGUCGUCGUUUCUAAGUACGAUUUUGAUGACAUGCUGAACAGCAUUAUCAGUCACAACAUCACCCAUCUGUUUCUUGUUCCCCCCCAAGCGAUUCAGUUUUGCAAGCGGCCAGCCAUAAAGGAGCGUGACUUAGCGAUGGUUAAGUACGUGAUGAUCGGUGCUGCUCCAAUGUCUCCUGAAGUUCAAGAACAACUCUUUCACAUAUUUCCGUCAGCUCAAAUUGGCCAAGCAUACGGUCUGACUGAAAUGACAACAACUUUGGCGAUGAUAUCCCCAAAGCAAAGUUUGGGUCCACUAGGCAGUGGGGGGCAGUUACUAUCAGGCAUUCAAGCACGUGUCCUUAAAACCGACGGCACCUUCGCGAAAUUUGGUGAGCUGGGUGAAUUAUUGGUUAAAGGGCCAUCCGCGGCAAUUGGAUACUUCAAUAACGAAAAGGCUACCAGAGAAACUUUUGUAAAUGGGUGGGUUCAUACUGGUGACGAGGUCAUUAUUACACGGGAUCGGGAAGUUUUCGUCUUUGAUCGGCUGAAGGAGCUCCUCAAAGUCAGAGGAUUCCAGAUUGCGCCUGCGGAAUUGGAGGGAUGCCUUCUGGAUUUUCCAGAUAUCCUCGACGCUUGUGUCGUUGGUGUUCCACAUGAAUAUAAUGGAGAGGUACCGCUGGCCUACGUGGUUCUCGACCCUUCAGCUUCUCAGCGCAUUUCUCGUGACCCAAUUGCAGCCAGAAAAAUCGAACGAGAUAUCAUAAAGCAUGUUGCAGAGCGGAAAGUCAGUUACAAACAUCUGGAAGGCGGUGUGCGAUUUGUGGAGUCAAUUCCGAAAAAUGGAAGCGGUAAGAUUUUGAGGCGGAUUCUCCGCGAAGAUGCAGUGCAAAGAUUAGCGGUUCCUCAGAGCUUGAUCAUACCUUCAAGGGCAAAGCUUUGA